UCCCGCCUGCGAGCCGACCUCCACUGCAUGAGGGACCUGCUGGCCUCGGAUGUGCCCUGGCGCUACGUGCUCAACACCUGCGGGCAGGACUUCCCCUUGAAGACCAACCGGGAGAUCGUCCGGAUGCUGAAGGGCCUCGGUGGGAAGAACAUCACCCCUGGGGUGCUGCCACCUCCCCACAUCACCAGACGCACCAGAUACGUGCACAGGGAGCAAUUAUACCCUUUUUUUUCUUUCAUGCUGUGGACGUUUGUGCGCAAGGCGCCCCCGCCGCACAACCUGACCAUCUACUUUGGCUCUGCCUAUGUGGCCGUCACUCGGCCCUUUGUGGAGUUUGUGCUGCGGGACCAGCGUGCCAUUGAUCUGCUGGCCUGGUCUGAGGACACCUACAGCCCUGAUGAGCACUUCUGGGUGACGCUCAAC